GUCGGGGCGCCUGCGCAGUCGCGCUUCCUCAGGCAGCAGCCAUGGCGGGACAAGAGGACCCGGUGCAGCGGGAGAUUCACCAGGACUGGGCGAACCGGGAGUACAUUGAGGUCAUCACCAGCAGCAUCAAGAAAAUCGCAGACUUUCUCAACUCAUUCGAUAUGUCUUGUCGCUCAAGACUCGCAACACUGAACGAGAAAUUGACAGCUCUUGAACGAAGAAUAGAGUACAUAGAAGCCAGGGUGACAAAAGGUGAAACCCUCACCUAGGACUGUGCCAUGCUGCUGCUGGGAAGUUUGCUCUUAACAGCACACAGCCUCUCGUGGGAAAGGCCCCAGCAGCCUUCAACUCCUUCCUCUCUCCUUAAAGAACAACAGGGCUUAUUCUUGUUUUUCUUUUUUUCAAAAGUGUGGCCUUUGGGCUCGGCCAUGCACACCCAGAAGUGUGAUGUGGCAUGUGGGGAGCAGUCCAGGGGACCUCUCGGAAACAUUGUUAGGCAUUUUACCUCUUCAGUAACGUUCUGUAGAACUACUUGUCAACACAUUUGAGGCACUGAGAGCCAAAAGCCUGGAACUCUGUCAAGGUCCUCCCCACCUCUCUCUUUCCUCCUCUCUCUCUCUCUCUCUCAGUCUUUCCUUCUAGCUCUUAUUGCCUGUGCAUUGAUUCUAUAAACAGUCCUUGUCUUCUUCCCACCUUUGGCUGGGAGUGAGAAGCAGUCCUGGCUGAAAUGCCCUGGCGAGGUGGCUGUCAGAGAAUGUUGAUGCUAACCCACCAGUUUCUUGUCCUUUUGGGGAGGUCAAGGCCAGGCCCCCAGUUGGCUUGAAAAGGGACAUUUUCAGAGUUUUCUGUCUGUCACUUGGGGUGUCUUUACCUCUCAUAUUUCCCUAAUAAACUCCUCAACUUUAUCUGACUGCUGUGAUUGUGGUGGGGAGAGGAGCUAGAGACGGGGUGCACCUCUUCCACAGAAAUCUGAUGUGUGCGAUUCUUUACCUAACAGAACUUUCAGAUGUAGCCGUUUGAUCAAAGCCUAGGUGGCUUGCAAGCUGGAGCCCCCAUAUUGGACUUUGCCCCCAAAUGGACUUUGAGCCCAUUCAUCCUGGGAAUCCUUUGGUCAUUCAGCAGACAUUUACCAAGUACUUACUAUGUAGGGACUUAAUGCUCCAAUAAAAUACAUAGUGUUGAA